AUGUUCGCCACGCCCUCGCUAGCUGGAUCUCUCUUCCGUAUUGCCAAUUUUUGUGACCCCGCCGUGGUGAUGGAGCGCCUUGAGGAAACAGAGCGGUAUAACGAUCUAAUCGAUUUUCUCUAUGGCAAGAAACUCCACCGUCAAGCCUUGGAGCUCCUCCAACGUUUUGGCCAGUCAGACUCGGACUCGAUCCCUGAUGUUCUUCGCGGCCCAACCCGCACAGUGGCCUACCUCCAGAACCUCUCCGGGGAUCAUGUUGACCUGGUCCUUGAGUUUGGGGAGUGGCCCACCCGCACAAAUCACGAGCUGGGGAUGGAGAUAUUCUUGGCAGACACCGAAAACGCAGAGACGCUUCCCCGACACCGGGUUCUGGAAUUUCUGGAGAACAUUGAUUCUUCUCUUGCCGUGCAAUACCUCGAGCAUGUCAUCGAGGAAUGGAACGAUAUGACUCCCGAUCUACACCAGCGCCUCCUGAAUUUGUAUCUGGAUCGACUGAGUGAAGGAGAAGAGCAGAAGAAGUUCCUGGCCAUGCUGAGGGAUAGUGAGCAGUAUUCGCCCGCGAAGAUGUUAGACCGUCUUGAUCGAGACACCAUUGUAUUCAGCAAGAUGGGCCAGCACCGACAGGCACUGGAGAUCUACGUCUUCCAACUGGAAGAUCACGAGAAAGCAGAAGAGUAUCUCGUCCUUCAUUCUAUUGGCAACAUCACACUAAUCUGUCUUAGAUACUGUAACCGCGUGCAUCGCAGCGAAACAGCCGAAGAGGAAAUCUACCUCACGCUGCUCUCCCUCUACCUCUCACCACCACACGGCUACAAGCAACAACACGUCCCCGCGCUCUCGCUCCUCGCAAAGCACGGAUCCCGUCUCCCCGCCGACGCAGCCCUCUCCCUCAUCCCCGCCACGCUGCCCGUCCAAGAACUCGAGUUCUACUUCAAGGGUCGCAUGCGCGCGGUCAACUCGGUCUUCAACGAAGCGCGCAUCGUGGCGAAUUUGCGCAAGACCCGCGAUAUGCAGACGCAGGCGCAGCUUGUUCUUGGUGAGGGUGUUCGUGGCGGAGGCACGCGCGCGCGCCAUGUUACCAUCACUGAGGAGAGGAUCUGUGGCGUGUGUCAUAAGCGGUUGGGCGGGAGUGUGAUCAAUGUGUUUCCCGAUAACACAGUGGUUCAUUUGGGGUGUGCAAAUCGAGUUGGUCGGUCAGAGUAG